GGAAUGGGUGGCUUCGGUGGAGGAAUGGGUGGCUUUGGUGGCCCCGGUAGAGGUGGCCCUGGAAUCCAGCCGGUGCAGGUUGACUCAACCCUCCUACAGCCAGUCCAUGUUGAGAUUGAUCCCCAGAUCCAGCAGGUCAAAAACCAGGAGAAGGAACAGAUCAAGACUCUUAACAAUCAAUUUGCCUCUUUCAUUGAUAAGGUCCGCUUCCUGGAGCAACAGAACAAGGUCCUCUCCACCAAGUGGGAGCUCCUCCAACAGCAAGGCCCUUCGGGGCCCAGGAAGAACCUGGAUGUCAUCUUUGAAAACUACAUCCAGAACCUGAGGAGGCAGCUGGACUCAAUCUUGGCACAGAGGGGACAGCUGGAGUCAGAGCUGCAGAACAUGCAGCAAUACGUCGAGGAUUACAAAACCAAGUAUGAGGAAGAGAUCAACAGGCGCACAUCUGCCGAGAACGAGUUUGUGGUGCUUAAGAAGGAUGUGGACAGUGCCUACAUGACUAAAGUAGAGUUGGAAGCCAAGGUGGGAGCUCUGACGGAUGAAAUCAACUUCCUGAGGUGCAUGUACGAGGAGGAGCUGGCUCAGAUGCAGACGAUCAGCCGGGACCUGUCUGUGGUGGUGUCCAUGGACAACAACCGGCACCUGGAUCUGGACAGCAUCAUCGAGGAGGUCAGGCGCCAGUACGAGCAGAUCGCUCAGAGCAGCAGAGCUGAAGCUGAGGCUUGGUACCAGAGCCAGUACGAACAGCUGCAGAGCACUGCUGGAAGGCACGGGGACAGCCUACGUAACACCAAGAUAGAGAUCCAAGAGUUGACCAGGAACAUCCAGAGGCUGCGGGCUGAGAUCGAGAACGUGAAGAAGCAGAACCAGCAGCUGCAGGCAGCUAUUGCUGAGGCUGAGGAGCGGGGCGAGAUGGCCCUCAAGGAUGCCAGGAUAAAAUUGGAAGAGCUGGAAAACGCCCUGCAGAAAGACAAGGAGGAGCUGGCUCGCCUGCUGAAGGAGUACCAGGAGCUGCUGAACAUCAAGAUCGCGCUGGACGUUGAGAUUGCCAUGUACAGGAAGCUGCUGGAGGGGGAGGAGAACAGGUGAACACUUGAAUGUCGAACAUCAAUGUCUGUAA